GCAGCCGCGGCGGCGGCGGCGGCGGCAGCAGCAGCAGCAGCAGCAGCAGCAGCAGCAGCAGCAGGAAGCCAGAGCCUGUCGAGCCGCGGCGAGGAAUCCCCCGAAGGUGGCGGAGGAGCGGAGAGCCUUGGCAGGAACUUCAGUAUUCAGCUAAUCCAAUGAAAAUGUGCAUAGCAGAAUAAUGGAAGCUCCUGAGUACCUAGAUUUGGAUGAAAUAGACUUUAGUGAUGAUAUUUCUUACUCAGUAACUUCCUUCAAGACUAUCCCAGAAUUACGUAGGAAGUGUGAUUCGCAGAAUGAAGACAGAACAGUGUCUACCACAAACUGGAGCUCAGGAGUUUCAACGCUCCUUGGAAAUACACAAAAGCCAACGGGCAUUGCAGACAUGUAUAGCAAAUUCAGACCAGUAAAGAGGGUUUCACCACUUAAGCACCAACCGGAAAGCUCUGAAAACAAUGAAAGUGAUGACCAAAAGAAUCAGAAGGUGGACUGCCAGAAAAGCAAUGACCCUCCAUCCAUGUCUCAGAAUGGUGAUCAAACUCCAGGUAAUGGCGAAAGCCUAAAAUCUAAAUGUGUUGAACCUGGAGUUUUGCUUGGUGAGCUGGAGCACUAUGACUUGGACAUGGAUGAAAUUUUGGAUGUGCCUUAUAUUAAGUCGAACCAGCAGCUUGCUGCUUUUACAAAGGCAGCUCCCGAGAAACGGAUUUUGAAUGUGUAUUCCACACUGAAUGGUCUUAGCAGCAAGUCCGGUCCUGUAGGGAACACUGAAAAGGCCCCCACAGGAACAACACAGUUCUGUGUUCUCUCCCCUGUGAAAGGCUCUCAGUUGAAAAAACCACAGUCCAUUGGCGCUGAUCAGCAUAAGCAAUUAGUGGAAGAACGUGAAUUUCCACAGCCACUCAUUAAAAGUGGCUCAGUCCAUGAACCUGAAGCCCAGAGCAAGGGCUUCCUCAGUAGGACUUCUGCUGAUAAAAUGGAGAAGUCUGUGUCCCACUGCCAGUUAAGGACUUUUCAUCUGCAAAGUACCGAAAGCAAGCAUGACAAACUGAGCAGUAACGUGAACUGGAACAAUUCCGGAAAUUCAGAAGAAAAUAAUGAGGAUGUGAAAAAAACUAAGAGCAUCUUAAAUAUUGUGAAAGAGGGACAAAUUUCACUUCUGCCCCACCUUGCAGCAGACAAUCUGGACAAAAUCCACGAUGAAAGUGGCAACAAUCUUUUACAUGUUGCAGCAUCGAGAGGGCAUGCUGAGUGCUUACAGCAUCUUACUUCUCUAAUGGGUGAAGACUGCCUGAAUGAGCGGAACAAUGAGCAGCUAACUCCAGCAGGCUUAGCAAUAAAGAAUGGUCAGCUGGAAUGUGUGCGAUGGAUGGUGAGUGAAACAGAAGCUAUUGCAGAAUUGAGUUGCUCUAAGGAUCACCCAAGCCUUAUCCACUAUGCCGGAUGCUAUGGGCAGGAAAAAAUCCUUCUGUGGCUUCUUCAGUUUAUGCAAGAACAAGGGAUUUCUUUGGAUGAAGUUGAUCAGGAUGGUAAUAGUGCAGUUCACGUGGCUGCUCAGCAUGGAUACUUAGGAUGUAUUCAGACUCUGGUGGAAUAUGGAGCGAAUGUGACUAUGCAAAACCAUGCUGGUGAAAAACCUUCCCAGAGUGCUGAACGUCAAGGAUACACAAUGUGUUCACGUUAUUUGGUAGUGGUGGAGACCUGUAUGUCAUUGGCAUCCCAGGUUGUGAAGUUAACAAAACAGCUAAAAGAACAGACAGCAGAGCGUGUGGGUUUACAGAACCAACUCCAGCGGCUUCUAGACACUCAGAGGACAGAUGGCAAAUCACAGUCAAGUUCACCAUCAUCACCCACUUCUGGCAAACCUCAGUGGAAACAAUCUGAUACAGAUGAUGUGACUCCACCAAAAAGUAAACUGAACACUCAUGAUGGGAUUCAGAUUCUUGGCAAUGCAGGAACUCACCACCCUAAGCAGCCCAAAAUGAAAGAAGACGAUUCUGACAAAAUCCUGCGCCAGCUGCUGGGGAAAGAAAUCUCUGAGAAUGUCUGCAUGCAGGAAAAACUGUCCUUAGAAUUUCAGGACGUUCAGACUUCCAAGAAUACAAAGAAGGUGCCAUUGGAGAAAAAGGAACUGAAAUUAGCAAGACUGAAGCAGCUAAUGCACAGGUCCCUCAGUGAAUCUGACACAGAUUCAAAUAAUUCAGAAGACCAAAAGAACACACCUGUGAAAAGAAUUGAUAAGCCCAGGCCACGGCCUAUUGUGGAAAAUACUGAAAGCACUGAGAAUUUGCAUCUCAUGAUUAAGAAACAUGCUUUGGCAUCUGGACGCCGGUUUCCUUUUGGAAUUAAAACCUCAAAAUCAGUGGAUGGUCACAGCCCUUCUCCCACUUCUGAAAGUAGUGACCCUGAUAAUGAAUCCCACUAUCAGGUUGGAACUGUGUCUCAAAGCCAGGUUGGGGGAGACCCCUGUCAAGCCAAUCCUGAUACCAUGAUGGCUCCCAAAGUAGCCACGAGUCCCAAGAGUGCCCUCAAGUCUCCCUCUUCAAAACGCAGGACUGCUCAGAACUCAAAACUCAGAGUGACAUUUGAGGAGCCUGUGGUACAGUUAGAGCAAACAGAGAUUGGUUUAAAUGGGGAGAAGGACAAAGAGCAGAAUAAAUCUCUUCCGCGGCCAAUACCCAACGCUGACACUGGGGACCAGCAGAAACGUCCAUUUGGAACAUUUCGAUCCAUAAUGGAGACCCUGAGUGGCAAUCAGAACAAUAAUAAUAAUUAUCAGUCUUCAAGUUUAAUCAAGACCUCAUCACCCUUUACCUCAUUAGGAAGAAAAGCCACAGAUAGCAAGGGAAAUUCAGCAACUUCUACAAAAGGAAAAAAUAAACCAGCUCUUUGUUCCAGCUACACCAGUUUUUCCACUCGCAUGCUGAUUGAAGACCACCUUGAUAACAAUGCAUGGCAUAACAACUACAGUGAAAAACCUCAGAACGUUUACAGCAAAAACUGUUUUGAAGAACCAGAGCUGCAAGAAUUGUUCCUUUGACUUAACAUUUCAUUGGAUCUCAUAGUCUUCCUCCCAACAUGGCCUGAAAUCUUCCCUCUUGGAACUUACCCAUACGAGAUACAAAUUUCACCAGCAAAAUAACAAACUCUUAGGAUGCCUUAAAUUUGUAGCCAUUAGACAAUAUACAAAAAUUAAACAUGUAUGUGUCUACGUCACUUUUUAUAAAGUGCUCUGUUUAAGGCAGGGAUGAAAAAAGCCAUGGAUUGGAAACCCAGUGAUGCAAGGAUCCUUCCAAAUAAUCAUCUGACCUCCAUUUUUUACAUUCUCUGUUGCAUGGGUGUAAUGUAACAUGUUCUGUAUCUCUCUUUUUCAAAACCUAUAUGUGUCUGUUAAAAGAAGGAAGAAGGAGAAAGAAAAGCUCUGUAAGUACAGAUCAUCGCUAAGUCCAGGGCAAUGACUCCCUCCCUCUCUUUGCCCCUAUAUUUUGUCACUCUUUCUGAAUGUUUGUAUAAAAGAAAAUAAACCAGUAUUAACCAAAACAGAGUGCAUACAUGA